AUGAGCGCCAAAGUCCUUCGUGCAGCAGCAUGCCACGUCUCUCCGGUCUUCCUCUCCGCCUCUGCAACAACGCAAAAAGCCAUCAACCUCAUACGACAAGCAAGUGCGAAUAAUGCCAACCUAGUCGUCUUUCCAGAAACCUACAUCUCUGCCUUUCCCAUCUGGAGCGCUAUACGGGCGCCUACAGAAAACCACGACCUCUUUAAGCGUAUGGUCGCAGAGUCUGUAUAUGCUGAUGGCCCGGAGAUUGAAGCUAUUCGCGCUACAGCACAGAAACUGAACAUCAUGGUUAGUGUUGGAAUUUCAGAGAAGGCGAGGUAUAGCAGUGCAACACUGUGGAACUCGAAUGUUUUGAUUGGGAGUAAUGGCGAGAUAUUGAACCAUCAUCGCAAACUGCAACCAACAUUUUUCGAGAAGCUGACUUGGAGCUCUGGAGAUGGACAUGGGUUGAGAGUCAGCGAGACGCCGUACGGCAAGAUAGGAAACUUGAUUUGCGGUGAAAACACAAACCCUUUGGCGAGAUACGCACUGAUGGCCGAAGGAGAGCAAAUCCACAUAUCGACUUGGCCUGCUGUGUGGCCCACCAGAGCUCUUCAACCAGACGUCGUGGUCUCAAAAGGGAAAAACUACGAUAAUUUGGCUGCUAAUAGGACAAGAGCUGCUGCUCAUUGCUUUGAGGCAAAGUGUUUCGGCAUCAUCAAUGCUGCAUUCUUGGACGAGCAAGCAAUUGACAUUGUCGCAAAAGGUGCUAGCAAUGAAGCUGGUGUCAGACAGACAUUACAGCUUUCUCAGCGAGCAGCUACCAUGUUCCUCGAUCCCACCGGCAUGCUGAAGCCUGGGUUUACUGUCGAUGCGACAACAGGCAAAAAGCAGGAAACCGACUACUUGCAGGACAGAGAAGAUAUUCUUUACACAGACAUGGACGUGGAAGAAUGUAUCGAAGGCAAGCAGUACCACGAUGUUGUUGGUGGCUAUCAGAGAUUAGAUGUGUUCGAUCUGCAGGUUGAUCGAAGUCGAAGAGAGCCAGCCAGAUUUGUGGAAGGAUUGCGUGACGACAAGGUCGAGUUUUGA